AUGAGGAAAGCUUUUGUUGUAUUACUUUGCGCCUGCGCUGUCGCAAACGCGCAAUUUACGGAUUCAGGAGAACACGUAGCGGCUUUUGAAGAAAGCUUAGAUAAUUUUGCGGAUCCCGGACUUGGAGCGGCAAGUUUUAGUGAAGUAAACGACAUUGGCGAAGGUGAUACUAGGACAGUCGGCCUCGAAGAUUUUAACGAACCUAGAUUUAAUAAGCCCGGGGGUAGAGCCUACGAUGAUGAUAGUGAGGUUAUAACUGGUGUUACUGAUUCAUACAACCAAGCUUACGGUCAGUCGCCGCCAGACUUUGGAUCCGCUCCAAGGCCAACAAAUGUGAAAUGCAUAGAGAAAAAUGAUCGGUACACAGUACCUGGAAGUUGUGACAGAUAUAUUGAAUGUUUGAACGGAACCGCGGAAGAAAAGGUUUGCCCUGACGGACUCCGCUACAACCCAAACGUCAAGUUCAAUGUGUACCCCUGCCAGUAUCCGAACGAAGUGCCAUGUCUCGAACGUUCAGCACUACAACCUCCUCAACCAACAGCAGACUGUCCCCAUCAGUUUGGUUACUUCAAACUUGGCGAUGAGAAGAACUGCAGCUUCUUCAGGAACUGUGUGAAUGGAGUAGGAUACGACUUCUCUUGUCCUGAGGGUCUCGCUUUUAGUUCGGACGUGUACAGGUGCGAAUGGCCCGACCAAGUAGCAGACUGUGACGCCGAAGCUUUCCUCGGCUUCAAAUGUCCUGAAGUACCAACCUCGAAAGAGCUGGGUCCUCCUACUGGAUACAGAUUCUACAGAUCGUUGACUAACUGCCAGAAGUAUUUCAUUUGCAUUGAUGGAAAGCCUCGCAGCUUAGGUUGCGGCGGUCAUUCCGCAUUCGACGAACUAACUUCAUCCUGCGUGUCGGCUGACGAAGUCGAUGCUUGUCCUGCAGAGCUAAAAAGCGCUGCCGCUCGCUCUAGAGCUGCGGAAAAACAGCGUCUUACUGAUGCGGAAUUCGAUAACAAGAAGCAGCUACGAAGCCAACCGCUUAUCAGCACCGUAACGCCAGCACCUUAUAAGGAAACUCCGUACACGGUAUCAAAAACACGAAAAGUACAAUACACUACAGUAACUGUUACGCCUGAGUAUUACGACGAAUAUGUGACUCCAACCACUGGUAAACCCACACGAGGAAAACGAAGGUUCUGA